AGGAACUUUAAUGUUAAACAUACUGGAUACAAGCAAUCUAUCCUCAAAAGUUUUGACACCUUCCCCCAAAGACCUACAGACUUGGUUGCAUCACCAUUGUCUGGCAUCACACAAAAUUUCACAUUUAGACUUCUUGUUACCCUUCUUUAAGUAACAUGCGCCCCACCACUAUCCUGAGAGCCUUUUGGCUGUUUACCUCGGCAACACUUGGCCAGGACAUCUCACAUAUAGCUGGUCGAGGAGCAAACGCAGGACUAGCUCUUCCCGGUCUCGAGGCACACUACAACGACAACGUAACCGAAACCCAACUUGACAGACUGUAUCCAGGUCACAAAGACAUCGCAUUGACCAGUUUCUCAUUCAAAAACGCCGGAAUCUAUCUCGUUGGAUUCAUCUACGUCCAAGGCGCCUCGGAUGUGAAAGCCGCCAUUGCAAGCUGUAGCAACGACGGUUCCAAGAGUGGCACGGCGUAUUGUAUCAUCGACACCGGUGUGGCUUUUAUUGGCCAUGCGCUUGUAACUAUGGCUGGUGGCUAUGCAGGAACCACGAUCACUCAAAGCCUCUCUCAUGUUUCGAAUUAUGCUAUAAAUCUUCCCAUCCCACCUACGUCAAAACGCUCACUUUCUAGACUUACGGCCAGGGCGGGGGACGGUACGGUCUGUCCGAGUCAGACGAAAGUGUGGAAUACGCCAGGCAAUAUCGACUUCAAUGAGGGCUGGGCCAUAACUGGAACGACGACGCUGGGGUGCCCAGGUGUUGAGCCACCGUGGGAUGCAAACUCUGUUGGGGUCGAAUAUGCUGCGGAACUUGGUGGCGUGCUCUUAGAUUACAUGGGACAAUCCGGUGGAUCACACGUGCAAUUCACCAUAUAUGACAGCUCCAAUGACAAAGUCUGGAUACGCACAAACUUGGUUGUCAUCAACGGAGGUAACCUAUGCUCCGCUGUUGUCACUGGGACAGGGUGCAACUAUUGAAGGCCAUGUCGGGUCGAACGCUUUGGGGGCAGCGUCGCUUAUGAUACUACUGAUCCAUCAAUUUCUUCUUGUCAUUUAAAUGCCGAACACCUAGCUGGUAUCACUGUCAUUACAAAAUUAUUGUAGAACGACAGAUUGCAGCUCCUGUCUUCUAAUUUCCUCAUAGAAUAUAUUUUUUUACGAUUUGGAAAACCUCUCAGACAUAUUCUUCCUCCAUGAUUCAGUUUAUCGAAGAAAACAGCCGUACCGCAAAGCCUGCGCAGUAAAGCGCAAGAAUUGUAUCUGUGUCACAGAUGGUUGGCUUCUAUUUAUCCUCUCGAUUUCAUGAUAACUAAACUGCCCGUGAAGUGAAAUCAUCCAUGGGUUAGUAAAAUGAGAACAGAAGUAAACACCGACCUCGCUUAGCACAGCGCCUGACUCGCGCGACAAACCUGGAAUGGUCGGGUACAGCGACCUUCUCAAUUACCCAGCAAUCCCUCGUACACUUCAUUUCACUCAGCUAUCCACCAACCCACCAUCAACUCUAUACAAACUCCCCGUAACGAACGAAGCAUCUUCACUGGCCAGGAACAGAAAUACCUUCGCUACUUCCUCCGGUGUACCGAAUCUCUCUACUCA